CCUCUCAUUUUCAAAUUCUCAUUGGAAGAAGAUUCCAUCUGUUUCCGUUGGAAAGCCAUUGCUUUUUCUUUCAAAAGUUUUCAUCAUUAUUCUUCACGCAUUUAAAAAUCAAACCCCAUUAUUCUAUUCAACCCAUUCAUUUUCCUCCAUCUUCUUCACCGACUUCAACACCGUUCUUACGCGCUUAUAUUCAUCGGACCCGAGUUCUUUCCCCCUUUUUCCUUUUUGAUUUCAAUUUUAAGAACAUUUUGAGUGUUGGGUCUCUUUCGAUUUCGCAAAAUUUUAAGAAAUUUCUGUUUAGAAUCGCGUUAACUGUUCAUCUGGGUGUCUUUUCCCCUAAAAGAACGAAGAAGAACAGUUAACAAUCGAGGGUUUUCGAUUAAUCCAAUCGAUUUCAAGUUCUUCUUUAAGGAAGAUUGUUGUUCUUCUUUCUUUUCCGGGAGUUGAAGGUGGGGUAUCUCUGUAAAUCCCUACCUUCAAACUAGAAAUGAAGAGACCCAAAUCGGAAAAAGUCGAUAUGAUCGUCUCGUUAACGAGACAGAGAUCGAUUCAAAUCCUUUUGUUCAUCGGAUUUCUGUAUCUCCUUCUUGUUUCUUUAGAGAUUCCUCUUGUUUUCCGAGUUGGGUCCGGCGUAGUUUCUCCAGAUUCUUUAUCUCGCCCUCCUCCGCUUGAGAGCGAGGAAGAUUUGGAAGAACGAGAAGCCCCAUCUCGCCCUUUGGAGAACAUAUCUAGAAAUUCAUUACAGCCGACUCCAAGUCGACUAACUCAGUUCAAUAAAAUCAUUUCUGGGUUGGCUUUGGAAACGGAAGCGUUCGAAUCAGGGCUUGAAGAUGCAGUUUCUGAGUUCUACAGGUCUGCAAAGAUUGCUUCCGAGGUGGGGAAGAAAUUCUGGGAUGAACUUGAAUCUGGAAAGAUUCAUCAUAUAGCGAAGAAGAAGGCUGAAAAAGAAUCAAACUCUUCUUGCCCACAUUCAAUUUCUUUAUCUGGGGUUGAGUUUUUAGCUCAUGGUGGUGUUAUGUUGCUGCCCUGUGGGCUCACGUUGGGAUCCCACAUAACGCUUGUGGGUAAGCCGAGAGUUGCUCAUCCUGAAUAUGAUCCUCAGAUAACUAUGGUGAGAAAUGGUGAAGAAUCUGUGAUGGUUUCACAGUUUAUAUUGGAGUUGCAGGGCUUGAACACUGUGGAGGGUGAAGAUCCUCCAAGGAUUUUGCAUUUCAAUCCAAGAUUGAAAGGGGAUUGGAGUGGGAGGCCUGUGAUUGAACUGAAUACUUGUUACAGGAUGCAAUGGGGCUCGGCGGUUCGAUGCGAAGGCUGGAAGUCGAAGGCCAAUGAAGAGACAGUUGAUGGCCAGGUGAAAUGUGAAAAGUGGAUAAGAGACGACGAGGGGCACUCAGAGCAGUCGAAGGCGACGUGGUGGUUGAACCGACUCAUUGGCCGAACAAAAAGAAUGGAUAUAGACUGGCCUUUUCCUUUUGCUGAAGACAAGCUCUUUGUUCUAACGCUUAGUGCAGGCUUUGAAGGUUACCAUGUCACUGUUGAUGGGAAACAUGUUAUUUCGUUCCCUUAUCGAACUGGAUUUGCCCUUGAAGACGCCACUGGACUAUCCGCCAUUGGAGACAUUGAUGUUCAGUCUGUGUUGGCUGCUUCUUUGCCAAGAUCACAUCCUAGUUUCGCGCCUCAGCAGCACCUCGAGAAGUCGAGAAGGUGGCAAGCACCGCUUCUUCCUGAUGGCGAGGUAGAUCUUUUCAUCGGCAUUCUCUCUGCUGGCAACCAUUUCGCCGAGCGGAUGGCCGUAAGGAAGUCUUGGAUGCAGCAUAAACUUAUAAAGUCGUCAAGGAUUGUAGCUCGAUUCUUCGUAGCACUUCAUGCACGAAAAGAAGUAAAUGUCGAGUUGAAGAAAGAAGCCGAGUUUUUUGGUGAUAUAGUCAUAGUUCCUUACAUGGAUAACUAUGACCUUGUGGUUUUGAAAACUGUGGCCAUCUGUGAAUAUGGGGUUCGUGCUGUGUCUGCAAAAUAUAUUAUGAAAUGUGACGACGAUACGUUUGUAAAAGUAGAUUCGGUUAUGAAUGAAGUUAGGAGUGUAGCUCGAGCUGGUAGCGUUUACAUUGGCAACAUAAAUUACUACCACAAGCCCCUGCGCUACGGAAAAUGGGCUGUCACGUACGAGGAAUGGCCAGAAGAAGAUUAUCCACCCUACGCAAAUGGACCGGGGUACAUCGUGUCUUCCGACAUUGCUCGUUUCGUGAUAUCAAACUUCGAGAGACGUAAAUUAAGGUUAUUUAAGAUGGAAGAUGUGAGUAUGGGGAUGUGGGUGGAGCAAUUCAACAGCUCAAAAACAGUGAAAUAUGUGCACAGUUUCAAGUAUUGCCAGUUUGGAUGCAUAGAAGAGUAUCACACAGCUCAUUACCAAUCUCCCAGACAGAUGAUUUGCCUCUGGAACAAAUUACAGAGACGAGUGAAACCCGAGUGUUGCAACAUGAGAUGAACACGAACACGAAACCAACCAAACCGCACCGAACCGAACCAAUGUUCGGCCCUCGUUGUUACCUGCAGUCAACACCAUUUUUUUGACUGCUGCUUGCACCCGAGCAUGAAUCCUGCCCUUGUAUUUUGUCUCGAGCCUUGGUUUUAGGUAAUUUUUUUAGUUCAUGUAGAGAAGAAAAUAUUCCAAAUAUCAAAUUCAUUAUUUCCCGAGC